AUUUUAAGAAAAUAGAAUAUCUAUAUAGGUGUAUGAAUAAAUAACAUCCUCUUUGGGGUUCAUAAAUAGGUGUUGCACAUGGUGGUGUAAUAGGGUAUUCAAAUUGCGAACCAAAUUAUGAUAAGACAAAGAUUCACAUAUAUGAAGUUCAUUAUAAAAAGGAAGAAUCUGGAUUAAGAUGUGACAUUUUUAUGGGAUAUAAGUAAGUUAAGAUAUAUUGAGAUUAGAUAUUAAUGUGUAGAAUUUGCAAGAAGGUUUUUUGUUUUGAAUUAUAAAACUAUGUUUACAGAUGUAUAGAAGGCACCUGAUAUUUGGAAUUUGGAAACUGUAGAAGAUUUAACAAAAGAUAGUGGUACCUUUCCAUUUGUUGGAUUCAAAUAAGGAGGAACAGAGUAAAAAUUUGAAUUGAAAAGUUAGAGCACCGAAAUUUGGAGAUUUAGUACUAGCACCUUAAAGUGAACAUUAACCUUGGGGUCAUGUAGCUGUUGUUGUAGGAGUUGGUGAUGGAUAUAUAGAUUUAGCUGAAUAAAAUUAUGAAGAUGCUGGUUGGAUUGCAUAAACAUAUUCUAGAAGAGUCAAGUUAGAAUGCAAAGAUGGGAAUUAUUUUAUCACCUACAUUCGAAUUGGGUAUGUAUUUAAUAUAAGAAUAAAAAGAUUUGAGGAUUAAUUCAAUGAGUCUUGGGAUAAGGAUGAGACAAUAAUUGGUUGGAAAAGAAUAAUAUUUAAUUGAAUGUAUUUUAUCAUA